UUUCCGCGAAGCUGCAAAAAUCUAUGAAAUGUGUUUGCGUGUUCCUCUCGGCGAGCGGGGAUGUAGAGGAGGGACUGCGAGCAGCGAGGAAGCUGCUGGGGGAACCCACGCGUGCAGCCUGUGAGAAAGUAACGCUUCUCCAAAAUAACAGCCCGCGAAAUCAUUUCUCUGCUCCUCAUUCAUCAGCAGCACGCGGACUGGACUCCGGCCGAACAAGCUUUUGUUGUGCCCUUUUUCUUUCUUUCUUUCUUUUUUUGGGUGUCUUUUUUGUUGUUGUCACCAUUCUGCACGGCAGGCUGAGACACGGAGCGCUCGGACUGAAGGAGUCCUCCUCCUCCUCCUCCUCCGCUCGGACCCGCUCUGGUAGUUUUCAGAUUGCUUAUGGAACAGCGCGGAUGAGGGCUGAGCUGUAGCAGAGGCAGAAGGCUCUGCCAGUCAUCAGCUGGCUGAUUUUAGUCCACUGAGGUGAGGAACCACUCUCACCUGGCCACAGAACGGACGAAUAAGCGGUCUCCCCUCCUCGCUCACCCCCCUCCCCUUUCCACCCUUACCCCCAAUCCAGGCACAUAUACUCUGGACCAUGUCUAGCGGGCUUUCGGAGGGGAGGCGGAAAGAGGACCUGGAGCGGAGUAGCUGCAAGCAAGACUCUCCUGUUAUAGAGCGCAGGAACCGCAGUGGCAUUAUCAGUGAGCCGCUCAGCAAGAGCCUUAAGAACUCCCGUACCCUCUCCCAGUACACGGCAGUCACCUCUGCCACCACCAAUGGACACACGGACAACAGUGAGCCUAAAACCCACUCGGCUAAGCCUCAGCCACCCACGCAGUCCCAGCCCAAUGUCUCCGCACUGACACCAGCCAAGUUGGACCGGACCCUAGAGCAGGUUUUGGAGGGACAGAACGGCCUGCUACACUUUGCCCAGGCAGCAGCACUGUUAAAGCGGGCCGGUAUGGAGCACAUGCUCCUGCCUGGGGGUAUGGGAGUGGGAGCUGGCAGUGGGGAUUCUGGCUCAGGGGCAAGCGAUUUGGAGGGUACAUCUGUCACGGACGCCGUAGGUGGUCCGGUUGACUUUCCAUAUGGAGUCGGUGGUGGCUUCCCCUUCAACCCGGGGCUUUUCAUCAUGACACCGGCUGGAGUGUUUUUGGCGGACAGUGCACUUCACAUGGCCGGCCUGGCCGAGUACCCUGCACAAAGUGAGCUGGCCUCUGCUAUCAACUCCGGUAAAAAGAAGCGAAAACGUUGUGGCAUGUGUCCACCUUGCCGACGGCGGAUUAACUGCGAGCAGUGUAGCAGCUGCCGGAAUCGCAAAACAGGCCACCAGAUCUGCAAAUUUCGCAAAUGUGAGGAACUGAAGAAGAAGCCGUCUGCUGCUCUGGAGAAGGUGAUGCUUCCUACAGGAGCAGCGUUCCGGUGGUUCCAGUAGGAUUCCUCCUUCUCCUCCUCUGCUCCCGACCCAAAGCUCUCUGCCAUCAAGUGCAAUGCCAACUCCUGGAAUGUCUCCGGAACAGACACUGACUACUAAACAAACAAGCGACAAAUAACAUGAAAAAUAAAUAAAUAAAUAAAAAAGAAAACAUUUUCAGUCGGGUAAUGGAUGCACCUACUUAUUCCUUGAACCAAAAAUGAAAUGUAAACAAAAGCAUCUAUGGCAACUUUCAUUCCAUUUUUCUAUGAUUUCCACUUUGGUACCUUUUUUUUUCCUUUGGUCAUCUAAACAUGGAACUGUUCCUUGCCAGAAACAAAACCGAUGGACUGAGUGUGGACAAUCAGCUAAUUUCUGUGUUUGGUGUUAAUGUUGUUCAUGUGUGGAAAGAUACAGUACUUGUGUAGAGAAUGUAAAUUUACAGCUAUAUUUUAAAACUAGUGGCUAAUGGCAAACAUUAUUGUAAUUCUUCACCAUUAUUAAACCCUCGUCUAUUUUAUCAUGCAUUUUGUCAAAGCAGUUUUGAAACAGGUCAGUGGUCAUUGUUUAAAAAAAGACAGAGAAGAAGAAGAAGAAAUUUUGAUGCCGUAGAUUUUGAAAUGAAAGUGAAACUUGAUAUUUGGAGAGACUCUUUGCUGGGUUGAGGAUAGUGUUUGCCAGAAGUGUCACUGUAAUCUGCUCAAUCUCCCAAAUCGACUCUCAUCUGCAUUUUUAAACUUUUGUGAAACUGGCAGCCUUACGUUACUGCGGCCCGACUGAGCACGUGCCAAUACUGCUCAGGGCCAAAGCACUAAGAGACAGCACUUGCUCUGAGUCUACCCUACUGAACGCACUGAGACAAGAUUACAUUUUUUAUUAUUAUUAUUGGUUUGUUUUAUUUUCAUUAUUUCUUUAUGUUGCUGGGGAGCUGCAGCUUUUUAAAAAAAAUAACCAAUCUUUGUAUUCGUUUAGACAAUUGGACUGGUUUUGUGAAUAAAAAGGAAUGCAUGUAUUUGUGUCAAAACUUA